CGAAUGCGGAGUGCUCUUUCUAUUUUUAGGAUCCGCUAUUAAUAGCAAAAACCGCGUUUUGUGAUUGGUAUAAAACUGUGACUGUAAUGGGAUGCACGCUCACCUUUCUGGAAACAACAAUUAAUUCUAGAUUAACACAACAAAAGAAAGAGAAGAGUGACUGAUAGCAGCCAUUUACAUUAUUCUAUUCAAUCAUUUUGUUUCAUUAUCGUUAAAUAUUCAUACAAAUUGUUUUAAAAAAGUAAAAUUGAUUUUAUUGUGCAGUUUAGUAGCACAUAUUAGAAAGUCGACUACUUCAAUAAACUUCUAGAUUUUGUGGAUACAACUUUGAGCAGUUGUGAAGUGGUUACUGCCCUUGGAAUCACGUUCUAACGUGCACGCGCAAGUGUCUACAAAUUCAUUUCGCCGAGGGGAGCUUUUUUAUUUUACGGGAGUCAGUUUUCCCGCCUGAGCUAUAUAUUUAAAUACGUAGGUUACAUCUUAAUUUGGUUGGAAAAUAAGAUCUACAUUUCUAUUGAAAAGAUAUUAUGCAACUAUACUCCAAUAUGGGAAAGGUUUUGUGGGUACACCCUGAAGUAGAAUAAGGAGCCGGCAACCCUUAGGCAGUUUGCAGCAUGAUAAAUAUUUAAAGGAUUAACUGAGGAACUCGUCAUUUAGAAGGAGAUCUUUACCUGGACAGCUGUCUGUAACUUAAUUGCCAGCUCAUCAACAUGGGUCAAUACGUAGGCUGCCUGAAAUACAUUCUGUUUGUUUUCAACUUCUGCCUGUGGCUGCUUGGUUGUGCCUUGCUGUCAGUGGGCAUCUGGAUGAAAAUGGAUGAUAGUUCUGAGCAUUUUGUUCAGAAAUAUACAGAAAAGGAAGAUGAACAAUUCCAGAUAAGUUACAGUGCCACUGGCGGGACGGAUGUGUCAGUGACUAUUUCCUAUCUACUUAUUGCGUUCGGAGUGGUUCUCAUUGUUGUUACUUUCAUUGGGUGUUGCGGAGCAGUCAGGGAGAACAUGUGCCUCUUAAUAGUGUUUGCUGUUUGUCUGUUUGUUCUUAUGGUGGCGUUGAUUGGAGUAGGCUCCUGGGCUUUCGUUAAGAAGAGGAAUGUGGAAGAUGAAUUCAAAAUGAACCACGAAUUGAAAGAAAAAACAGACCAGAAUAUAAAGAACGGCGUCUCAACCUACUACAACAGCCAAACCGCUAAGCAGUUUAUGGAUAACGUUCAGAAGGAGCUCAGAUGCUGUGGUACCGAGGCAAAGAAAGGUGAACUCUUUGCCGGCUACGGAAAGCGUAUACCUCAUUCGUGUGACGGAGAUACAUACAGCCCGCAGCACUAUCCUUGUAACUACCCUUACUACGUCAGAGUCAGUCAAGAGAUCAGCAAAUUCAUGAAGAAACGUUACACCAUUCUUUCUGCCGUCUCCUUCUCAUUCGGAUUUAGUUUGGGGUUAGGCAUGGCCCUGGCCAUCAUUUUGGCUGUGUUGAUUCGUCGAUCAACGAGACUCGUAGUGUCGUAAAGACAGAUCACAAGAACAAAUCAGCCUCAUUGAUUUAAUCUAGUUUGAAAUUAAAACAUUUGUCAAUGAAAUAGGUUAUCAGGUAUAGGGCCUAUCCAAAUCACAACAACAAACAUGCUGAUAUCAUACCAACAACAACAUUUAUACAACUUUACAACAUUCAUACAAUGAUUAACAAUGUUUUUAAAUGUUUGCUAUUUUGUUUUUGUGAAAUGUAUUUCUAAGCCCUGAUCUUUCACAUUUUGUUUUGUACUUCUAAAAACACAAAUAUAUUCACUACUAACCAGUUUUGUGGCAUGUCUCUAAGUUUUCUAGUUCAAACAUGACAUUCAAUGAUGUCACAUGGCGCGUGCAACUGAGUUGGUGGUAGGUCUAAUGAAGUCAGUCAUUGAAGUCAUUAGUGAUAGUAUCAGGUCUUGAAACAUAGGUCAGGUAUAAUCUUUGUUAUUGAAUCAAUUGUGUGAGAGUGAGUUAUCCCUAAGCUGUCAAAGAUUUGACUGGUUUACAUUUCAAAGACAUAGAAUGUACUUAGGUAUCUACAUUUACUUGCUAGUGAAUGACAUGUUUGGUGUGAUCAUGUAUAUAUGUGUUUAUUGAUAUGAAAAGAGAGGCUUGGCAAAAGGAAAAAAAAAGGGGGGGGGGAUGGAUCGGGCGGGGAAGAGCAUACUCAUUAGGAGGAGUCGGUUGACACGGUACCGCCGAGACCAGUACACCUGCAGGCAGCUUGUGUUUCUGCUUUGCGAACACUGUCUGGUUUUCUCAACAACUCAGCACCAAAGACUAAUAAUUUCCAAAAAUGCUCAUAAAGCAAUAACGUUAGUAUCAUAAUUAUAAUUCAUUUUAAAGCACAGAGAGCAGUUCAGCUUUAAUUUAGUUGUUGUCUAAUACCAAGAAUGUUUGGGAUAAAAAGUUGGCCUGAUUUUUGUGAAACAGUAAACAGAGACCAAAACAUUUGAAUUGGACUGAGUACAUUUUGUUUUAGUCUGUACGACUUUUUAAAACGAACAAAUGCAUUUGAUUUCAAUUCGAGUGACUGUGUAAUCAAUGUUUGAUAGAAUGGAACUACACAACAUAUAACAAAUCUGGAUAUAUGGCAUUUACAUGCAUUGAGUAUAACGCUUACCUCUAGCACAAUUUAUCUGCUUUCCUUAAUAAAAUAUUUUAAUUUUACGUCUAUUGAGAAAAAAAUGUAUAUAAUGGCCUGUAAAAUAUACGGUUUAACUGAGACCAAACUCGGUUUAACUGAAACCAAUCUUGGUUUAACUGAGUAACAAAGUCCUAAUAUCUCAAGUUUGCUUCACUUUGUUCUAGAGCACCGUAAUUGUCUGUUAUUGAUCAGGUUGAUGAGAAAGGGACAUAACAUAUUAGGUGAUGAAAAGGAGGAGAGUUAAACUUUGCAUACAUUUGGUUGUGAACCAAACACAAAAUGAUGUACAAAGUCUGAGGGUUAUCAAGCUUUGAUUUUGUCGAGUUCAAAUCAGUCUACAUUACAUUAUAGAUCUAUUUCUAUUAUACCUCCAGCUCGAAAAAGAAAUCACAGAACAGAAUGAUGGGCUUUCAAUAACAUACGGGACUUAUGACAUAUUACGCAUGUAAUCUCUUCCUUUGCUGAUGCAAUAGUCAGAACUAAUAAGAACAUUCAUACUUGUUUUCUUCGUUUAUUCUUGUGUUGGUCUAUGUGUUUUAACUUUUGAAGCAGGCUAGAAAUCUGUUUGGACUUUCAAUAACCCACUUUUGAUUUUAUGUAAACAAUAUAUUUGUUUAAUAGUCACUGAUUUCAUUAAAUACUUUGUUUUAUUUAGGUUCUAUCCUUUGUUUGUGGAGAUUUCUAUACACCAACUAUCACACCAAAAAAAAAAAAGCCAAAAUAGUUGUUUUCAUUUGUGGUUAUACUUAAUUAAUUGACAAAUUAACCUGUACAAACAAUCAGAUUAUUAUAAUUUCAAUUUUUAAGAAAUGCAAACCUAACCAAAGGAGAGUCAAACUGUACACUGUACCUCGAUAACCUAAAAUGUGUAGUUCGUAGAGUCACAUUAGACCAAUGUUGUCAUCUAACAUUAAACAUGCACAUAGGAGUGUUUCAGUUCUAAUGAUGCUGUAUAUUUCCCUACUCAGAAUAAUAUGCAAAUAAAAAAGCGCUCUUUCUUAUUCACUGUUAUGGCAGCUUUUUUUGUAUUCAUCAUUAUCAGCCCAGAAUUUGAUUUGCAAAAAAAAAAAAAUCUCAAUAUAUUCUUACAUUCUUUUUUGUGCGCCGUUUUUACAUUAGUGUAAUAAAUUGAGGACUUUAACGACUUCUUACUUAAUAAUAUAAUAAUAAUAUAUAUACUUUCACCGAACAAUUUUAAAUAGUUUCUCUUUCAAACGUCUACAACUCUGUGGAAAGCUAGCACGAUGACCAGCUCUAGUUAUUAUUAACAACAAAUGUUGGUUGCUAUGAAUAGCUAGUGGACCGAUCCCUAGUGAUAUCUCCUUAUCUCCAAUCUCCAUCAAGACACAUACUUGGGACUUCCGAAGGGCAGCCAGACGUUCUAGCAUUCACGUGUACUCUAGUCAUAACAACCAGAUGUCGAUAAAAAACAAAAAUACACAAAAUAUUCUCAAAGUAGAAAAAGUAAACAAAAAUAUAUUUUAUUAAGGAUUUUUUUUUCUAAAUUCUUAUGUCUACUUUAAAAACAUUUGGCUAACAUCAACAUUUUUCGUAAUUAAGUUACAGGACUUUUUUUCCAUUUUAACUAGAUCUAAAUUAAUAGUUAGAUUUAUUCUAAUUAGUUUGUUAUGUUUGCAAAGUUGUCGAUACAUUUUUUAUGAGACUUUUAGUUCUUACACAUGGACAAGAAAAAUUACAUUCGCAUUAAAAUAAUUUCCUGUAGUUCUAGACUUUAGAAUCUUACAAAUUUGUUUUUUUUUUGAGGAUUGUAGCUGUACAGAAAAAGUUUAUAUUUUCUUCUGUUUAUUGAAUGCGGUGCUAUUUAUAAUUUAUCUUAUUCUUUAAAGCAAUUUUAUAUUUUGGUUUCAAAUGUUUUUAUUUUGAUGCCAACGGAUACAUUUUAUUAUCUUGUAGUUUAGUAGUGUUUGUGAAAAUAAACUUUUUGAUUUCUACAA